CUGAGUUGUACUUUCUUUUGAGGGCAAAUGUCUAAUCCAAUGUUAAUAAGUAUAUAUGGAGGUAAUGUUUUGUAAAACUAGCUGAUAGGUUAUACUCCAUAGAAAGGUCAUUGGAAAGGGCUGUCUGGUAUUAUUCAUUAACCAAAUAUUGACAUUUUAUUUGUACUUUUGUUCAAGACUCUUAAGGCAAAAAGAACAAGCAGGUGGAUUUGUGUGGGAGGGUGUGUUUAUUUUCAUUACAGUAGAAAUCUGUCAUUAUAUCACUGGUAGCUGAAAUGUAUAAUGAACCGUCAACACAUAUUUGAGGCAAUUAUUUUUGUGCAAACUCGUGCUCUAAGUUAUCGAUACAACCAAAGGUCAGUUUAUGGAGCAGCCAAGUUCUUCAGCUUACUGACAUGAUUGAAUAUAACUUUUGGCUAACCCUGAAUGUGCUCAUUGAACUGCUGUACAACAUAAAAUAUUUAUUGAAAAGCUGUCUUAAUGUUUAUGAUUAUGUUCAUUCCUCUCAUUACAUUUUGGUCAUUUACUCUGUAUGACUUUGGCCAGUGUUCGGAAAGUCCUGCAUUUAACACAUUAUCGUUGAAUAACUAUUGAAACAUCUCUAAAACAACAUCAAUACAUAACCAUCUAAUUUUUAUGAAAUUACAAAAUUCUUGGGGGAAAAAAGUUCAGCCAGCAUUUUAUUGACACUGCAGAAUAAUAACUAACCGUUACUGAUAAUUGGAGUUUAGAUCGGUUGCAGUGAUCAUGAAUCGAAAUGAUAUUCUUGUACCGUAUGAAUGUUAUAACCUGUUUUAUUCCCUCAGAAUUGACAAAGUAUUGGAACCAUAGACAAAUGGAUGGACAAGAAAAAGGUGCCCUAUUGGAUGAUGUCUAUGCAUAUGGACUGUCCAGAGCACUGAUCAAAGUGGCACCUCCGGCCACUGUAGGUCUGUUCUCCCAGUGCCCCAGCCGCACUGAAACUCUACUGAAGAAGAUCAAGAUUUACAUGAACAGAGAGGCAGAGUGGAGAGAACAGAAGCACAAGCUGAAGCGACCUCCUCCAGCGUGGAUUAGCUACUUGGCCCUCCUCCUCUCCAUCAUCUUCUUCCGUCCUGUGUGGAGGGAGAAAGAGGAGCGGAGGAGGAGAAGGGUAAGGUGGAUUUUUGUGCGCUUCAGUGCCUGGCACUUUGCAGGCAGUGAUAAACUCUGGGCUGGGUUGGUGAUCCGCCUCUUCAAGGCCAUCCAGGCUGACUUUGGGGAACUUCCCCUGGGCCUCUAUAGAGCCACCCAGCAUCCCUACCCAAAGAAAGUCACAAGCGAAGGUGAUGAGGUCAAUUGGAAAGCCAUAAAGCUGCUCUGCCUCCCCCUCUGGGUUGUAGUCCUAGCCACUGUAUUGUUCAGCAUUGGCACAUGUACCCUGCUCUACUUUUAUGGCUUUGAGCUCCAAACAAAUGGCACACGCAGUUGGGUCACUGUGCUAGAAUCGAUGGCCAUAGCAACACUGGGGCCUCCCGCAGUCUUCGCCCUGAGGACUAUUCUGCGGACAUCCAAGCACCUGCUCUACACCAUGGGCAGCAGCAUCCAGCACCAGAUGAACAGCUCGGCCGUCAGCGACCAGAUGGGCUUCAUGAACAAGGUGAGGAAGGAGGUGGGCGUCAUGGUGGACUUCAUCCACUUCAUGGAGGUGUUCGAGGGGAGGAGGAUCCGUGUGGUGCUGGAGAUCACCCACCUGGACCGCUGCAGCCCAGACAGGGUGGUCCGCACCCUGGAGGCUAUGAACGUUCUGCUGGCGGGGGAGAAUGUCCCGUUUGUGUCCAUCCUAGCUGUGGACCCCAGAGUGGUGGUGGGCUGUGUGGAGAGCACCAUGUGGUUCUGUGGGCUGACAUCCAGCGGGUAUGACUUUCUAAACAAGAUGGUAACCCUGCCCUUCUCAGUGCCUGAGAUGUCCCCCGACUCCAAAUGCAGAGCUUUUAAAACCCUCGCUGACAGCUAUCUAGAGCCUGACUGGGAAUGUAUUAAGAGAGGAAAACAAAGAGCUGGGAAUUUCUCUGCAUUUGAAAAAGGCAGGCUUGAUGACAGCCUUGUGCCCUUCAUUGGAAAGGGCAAAAGCGAGACUGAGCUACUAGAAAAUGGCAUCCAUUGGGAAAUCUGGGCCAAGAAAAUCAAGGCGCUAACAAAUGAGGCAUUACACGCCAUAUAUACCAAAUACAGCCCUCUUCAUGUUUAUCUUAUGGGAAACCAUGUGCAUAUGAGAAGGAUAAUAAACUCUGUACGGGUGACAGUCAUCGUCAUGGAUGCUAUGAAUUAUGGGGGCUUCUCCAAAGCUAAAGACCUUGCUGCCUGGGUGGUGAUGGCCAACCUCUGGCCCUGCCGCCUGAGCUGGAUCCUGCAAUGCUCAGAGGACCGCCAGCAGAGGGCUGACACUGAUGACGCUGAUGGUGCUAUCAACCAGGCCAAGACCUUAUGGGAGGUGUUCAGUGAGACCAGGCUGGAGCUCCACAUGCUCAGAGAUCGUCUGGAGACCGUUCUAGAGCAGGAUGGAGACCCUGAGCUGUUUGAGAGGUUCCUUAAGGUGGACUUCCAGUUUACUCUGAAGGAUGUUGAUCUGUUCAGAUUGUGUACAGUCAACCUGGACCAAUCCAUUAAAGAAAAACUGGCUUGGGUUAGAGGGGGACCCAGCCUGAGAGACAGAACCAAGUCAAAUGCCAUCUGCCCACUGCGGAUUGGAACAGUUAUCAGUAUGAGCACAGAGGACAUCUGCAAAGAGAUGGACAAGCUGAACAUUCCAGUGAAAUAUCAGCAGCUGCUGACAGAGAAUCAACUCGAUGGAGCGUCUCUGGUGUAUGGGCGCAGCAGUGAGAUCAGACAUGCCCUUCAGAUGACCUUGGGAGAAUGGAUUGCUUUCAGCUCGCACUUCCUGGAAGCCAAGCCAGAUGCUCAACCUCACGCGACAUGACAGUGACUCUGCAAAAGCAUUGACCGAUCAAACGCUCUGGAUUCAAAAUGAUCUUUAAUUUUAUAACACUUUUUAUAUCUUUGGGAUGAUUACACUGUAUAGGGAUGGAAUGCAUGUUAAAGUUUUGAAACUGUUCCUUCAAUGUUCGCUGAAGUAGAAGCCUAUUGCAGUUCAAUGACUGACUUGUGAAUACAGCAAUGCACAAUGAAUGUCCUAGGAUUCAUUUUGUUAAUAAAUGAGGAUUCUGUA